ACGUAUGCGUGCGAGAUUUGCUUUCCGGUCUCCAGAUUUGGCCUUUGGCUUAAUCUUCUCUAACGUUCGAUUUCGCGAUAUCGAAGUUGGUCGCGCGCGACGACGUCUCACUUUGUAGAAUUUAGCGGCGAGGGUGUGCCCCGAAUUUCCAUGCGGACCAACGGCAUCCGUCAAACGCGUAACGCUGCCGCCAUCUUGGCACCAAACGCCGCCGACAGCGCUACCAAGCGAUCAAAGAUCGUACUAAAUCGUUGCCGAGAACACGUUGCGGCGCACUUUUCGAAUCUGUCCUUCAGCAAACGUAAACUAAGCAACAGAGAGGAAGUACUGGGUGCCAAGUACUCGACAUACAUCCCUGCCUUCGAUCCGGUUAAUGUUUUCAACUACGACGAUACCCGACGAGUCACACUCGUUAGAAGGAGACUGGGUGAUACGGAAGGACGAAUCUGGUACUCUCUAAAUUUGGAUACUGUUACGCUUUCUAAUAGAGAAGACGCAUGUGAGUUGGACGACCACGUGGACCGAAUGUAUCGAGAAAACAACUCUGCCACAUUCUACACUUUUUACCUAAUCAUGUCGGAAAAAAAUAUAUUGGACGAAGAACCUAUGAAUAAGAGACUGAGGCAUCGCAUUAUUUCGGAUCAUAUUUACAACGAAGAAUUUGAGGACUUAGUUACCAAAAACUGGAGCUGUCAUAACGAGAUUAAGAACGAUAAUCUUGAAGUUAUAUCAACACCUUUUAGGGUUUGUAAAAUAUCAAAUUUUCUUGCUAACGAAGAUUUUAUAAAUGAACUAAAAAAUGAGUUAUUAGAUGUCAAAUAUCGAAGAAAUAUUCUCGACCUGUAUCAGUUUGAACAAUCAGAUGACCUUGAAUUUGUGGAUAAACCAAAUGUACAACUUUUAUACACAGCUUUUCAGAUCGAGAUUGCCAUGUGGAUGGAACGAGUUACAAGAAUUCACCUGAACAACAAAAUCUCAAUGUCGAGUUCGUGUUACUGUAAUACAGAUUACUUGCUUUGCCAUGACGAUAAUAUGGGUGAAAGAAGAAUCGCUUAUAUAUUGUAUCUUUCAAAAAACUGGGUUGCAGAGGACGGGGGAACCUUGGAUCUCUUUGAUACGGAUAAAGAUGGAUUGCCUCAAAACGUAGUACGUUCCUUAGUACCGGAAUAUAAUUCCCUAGUCUUUUUCGAAGUUAUGGAUACCUCUUUUCAUCAAGUGUCAGAGGUGAUUUCCACUGAGAGAACUCGUUGGUCUCUCAACGGUUGGUUCGAAGGUUCGUUAAGACAGAGUAAUAGACUGCCAAGACCUGUGUUAUUUUAUAAAUAUACUGAACCAAUGGAUAUGGAAAUAAAGUUAGAGUCAUGGGUCAGGGGUUGUUAUCUUGAAUCCAAAAUGAUUGACGAUAUCCAGAAGGUGGUUGAAGUAGAAUCUUAUGCAUUUCUUUCCAGUUUUUUCAUAGAAGAUGUAUAUAAUAAGCUUUUAGCGGAGAUUGCCUCUGAAAGUAUUUGUUGGGAAAAAGUUGGUCCUGCUGACGUACGAAACUAUGAGGUAGCAGACGAGAAAACUCUACCGGCAUUGUUGAAGAGCUUUUGUGAUAUAUUUAAGUCUAAAAUUGUAUUUAGACUACUCAGAAGUUAUACGGAAUUAGAUCUUGUGUCUAUGAAACCAGACAUGAAACCAAAAAUGACUAUGGAAUUGCAAAGAUGGUCGCAAGGUAGUUACACAUUGAUUACUGAUAGAUUGAAAAACAAAAAUGAAGAGGAGAAUCAAACGGAGGAGAAAGUGUCUGAUCCAAAAAAUAAAAAUAAAAGAUCACAGGAUGCAAAAGACAUUAAGGAAAAAGAACUAUCAGAAUCUGUCACUAGUACUGAUAGUAAAUAUUCUAUACAAUCUACUAGCGAGAGUAAAAAGUCUAUUAACAGUAAAGAUACUGUAUCUAUGCAAUCAAAUAAUGACAAUAAAUCUUCUAAAAGUAGCAAAGAUUCUACAUCCAAACAAUGUAGUAGUGGCACUAAAUCUUCUAAAAGUAGCAAAGAUUUUAAGUCUAAGCGAUCUGGUAGUAAAAGUAAGAAGAGUGCGAACGGUAAGAAAAAAGAGACAUGUAAAUCGGAAAAUUUGGAAUCUUCUAAGAGUAGCGAAGAUUCUCAAUCUACAAGAUGUAGUUGUAGCAAUAAAAUUACAGGAAAUGCAUGUAGAUAUUGUAACACGCUUUUUAGCGAUAAAGAAUACGAGGACAUUGAAGAAGAAGAAGUGCCAAAGUUAAAGAAGAAAAAGUAUAAGAAAAUUAGACCAAAGAAUGUAGAAUCGCAAACGUCUUCAUCGGGAUUAGAAAAUUCACCUUCUAGUUUUUAUGAUAUACUCGAUAGAAGUGAUUCUGACGAUGUAUCUGACAUUGGUGAUUACCUUUCGGAUCCCUCUGAUUAUGAUAUGGAAUCGCAAAAUGAAACGUUAGAAGAAGAAGAGGAAGAAGAUGAAGAAGGUACUCUGGACGUUAUCGUUCAGUUUCAUACGGCUAAUUUAUCACAAGAGCAAACAAUAGAUUAUGUUCACCCCAAAGAAAAAGAAGGUUCGUUGAUUCAUAUACCUCCGAAAGAUAAUCAUUUGUGUCUCAUCUAUAAAACUUUGAGUGUCAGUCGUGUUCACAAAUAUAUCAACCAAUAUUGUAAAGGUUAUUUCUACAAUUUAGUAUGUACGUACUGCGAGUAGUAUUAUCAUGUUGAACCCGUGCCCAAACUGUUUGGCGGCCAUUGUACUUCGAUGCGUCGUUCAAAUAAUUUCUUUUUUUUUUUUUUUUUUUUUUUAAAUAAAUAAAUAAAUAUAAGGAUUGUACAGUGGAUCAUAUUUGAUCAAUGAGAUCAAAUAAUGCACGAGACGCGAUUAGUUGAUUUAUCGAAAGAAAUAUUUAUCUUGCGAAAGAAUUGUAAUAUAGUAUUCGUAAUAAUAAAAUUAUCAGUAUUUAUGGGCAUACGAUA